UUUGACUCGUUAUUUUUCAUAAUUGGCUGUUUAAGCUGACAUUUCAAAGCUGCUCAAUGACUUGAUAAAACAGUAAGUUUGUAACAGCCAACUCAACUCGUACGCCAUGCCUGCUAAUGGAAAGCUUCGGCUUAUUCAGUUGUAGAAAACGAUGAAUAAGACUAGGAAGUGGUUUACAUGUGCUGACGGAAAGGUCUUGGUAUUGCAGAACUGGAUAUGUCUACAGCAACUGCUUCUGUGUUUGAUAUUUCAAGGACAAUGUUGGCUCCCGAAGAUGGGAAUCGUGCCCACGUUCACACAGGACAGUGCAGUCCAGUGACUUCCCCACCACUGGGCAGCAUGCAGAUAACAGAGGGCAACGGCACCAGCAUUGGCACAGUCAUCUCCUUCCAGUGUUCCUCCAGGCACAGGCUGCUGGGAGACGGGUUCAUUUCGUGUGUCUGGAAAAGCAACAGCACGCAGUGGACAGGGAGCACGCCAACCUGCAAACCUAUUUUGAUAUUUGAGGAUUUUGGAUUCAAAGUGGCAGUGAUUGCUUCCAUUGUUAGCUGUGCUAUAAUUCUCCUGAUGUCUAUGGCAUUUCUAACCUGCUGUUUCAUCAAGUGCAUUAAGAAGGGAGACAGAAAGAGGACUGAAAGGGAGGUGCAGCUGUGGUAUCAGACAGACUGUGACGAGCUGGAGGAUACUUACUAUGGGCAUAAAGGACGAAACAACAACAACAGCAAUAGGACAGGAGACCAGAGGAACACGGGGUAUGACAACCGGGGCUACUGCAGGUGCCACGAGCACUCCAAGAACAUCUCCAUCCCAGCAUGCUGCAGUGAACAUCGCCUGUCCGUCGUUUUUAAGCCACAGAAGAAAAAAAUCCCAAGCAAGUACAGGUUACCGGAAUGCAGUGUUUCAGCUGUCAGUGGGACUCGCAUGGCCGAAGUCUAUGAACACAGCCGAGAGCCACAGGGCAGGCUGCAGGAGCACCUCUUGCAUGGCUUUUCUGUAUAAGACGGGACACAAAUCGGACCUCCAUGUGCCUUAAUAACAAUUUUUUUUUUUUUUGCUGGACUUAAUGAAUCUGAGAUUUACUAAGAAGAGAUGUUUGCACUUCUACUCUGCAGAGACCGCCGUUAGCCAGUAGGCUGAACUUUUUUGAAACAUUUGAAAGUUUCUUAUGAGAACACAAUCGAUCAAUGCACAGUCAAUGACUUUUUUGCGAACUAGAUUGUCUUCUCGGUUAUAGGUGGAACAUAAAUGUCUUCAUGUGCUGUCGUUGGAAUGAAGUUGAAAAAAAAACGUUUUUGAAAAACAGCCAUAUUGAGGCACUGUAUUAAAACUGGUUGUUUUUCUUAACAUGCUCAAAUCUAUUCCCUUGAAAACUGCGACUAAAAGAUCAUUAAAAGAGCCAUGAGUGGAGUUGACUUGUAAAGUAAUUAGUAUGGGCUUCUACCUGUUUUUACAAAACUGCAGUCAAGGUAAAAAGUAUCCAACCUAUGCCUUUCAGGACUCUUUGGACUGGUUUAUACUGGGAAAGUGAAAAUGUUUUCAGCUGUUGAUUGUAAUAUUUACAUCAAUAAAUGUGCGAUGCUCGUCCACAUGUUUUGUCUAUGGCAAACACUUGCCCACGCUACAUGGCUGAAACAGGUUCUGUGUAUGGAAAAAGCAGCCCACCCAGUGGAUAGUACAAAUUAUAUUUGGUCAAGUAGUACAAUUUAAAUGAAAGCACUUGGUGAUUCAUUGAUGAUAAUGUUAAUACAGCUUACUCAGGAAGCUUCAUUUUGCAAAUAUACAGCUCUUAUGUAUAAGUGUCCCUUAUUUGCACUCCUUCUGUUACAGAACAAUGGAGACGGGAUGAGUCUAUAUGCGUGGGCCAGAUUGCAAUAUUUGUAUUCAGGGCUCAGUAUUAAAGCCAGAUAUGAAGAUACACACCAAAUCCAUCUGUGCUGAGCAGUGCCAUUUUAAAUUUAAAAUUGAUCCUGGCAGCUAAAAACUCAGAAUAGGCUGAUUACUCUAUAAAUGAAAAACGCAGCGGAAAACAGAGAAUGGUUUAUACUACUGUGUUACUGUAUAAAAUGCAUUGCUGAAUUUCAGACUUGUGUCUUUUUGUUCCAGCCAGACUUUUCUUUGGUACAGAGAGCUUCUUGCUCUCUGUGAUUUGCCAGUUGGGCUGUGUUUGCAUCUGUCAGUGUUGAA